AUGGAGGUAGCGCUGUUCGAAGUCGGAGAUAUUUGUGUGUGUCUCUACCAGGGAAAAACUCCUUACGAAGCGAAAGUGAUAGAAAUCAAGAAGAUUCAGGGAGUGCAAAACUAUAUAGUUCACUACAAAAAUUGGAACAGUCGAUACGAUGAAAAGAUUCCAUUCGGUCAAGAGGAAGGAAAAAUCUUCAAGUGCACGAUGGAAGAAUUCACUGAAAAAUACGGAGGAAAGAUUCCAGGACUUCAUUCAGGUCCAGCGGAUGAAGCUUCUGGUGCAGGGCCAUCUGGAAGUGGUCCAGAUGGCAAAUCCCCAGAUGGAACACUGAAUAAAUUGAAGACACCGACAAUCACUUCCACCAAAGAAUUGUUCACGAAAGAACUCAUAAAGAUAUUGGUAGACGAUCACGAAAAAGUCUGUCAUGGAUUCAUCACCACAGUUCCAGCUCAAGUACCUCUCGAUCAAAUUAUUGAAGAAUACAUCGAAGCCGUGGGAGGACAGAAGCAAGAAAGUGCUGGUCAGCCCGAGAAAAGUGAAGCCAAACUUAUCAAGGUGGAUACAGCUCACGGGAUCGCCAAAUUCUUCAACGCUGUGUUUGGACAUCAACUGUUGUACAGCGAAGAACGCCUUCAAUACAACGAUUUAGCAAGGCAAAAAGCUGUCGAAAAAGGAGUGAAAAUAGAAAAUAUAGCUAGCGUGCCAGCUGAACUGUUCCGCCCUUCUGAAGUCUAUGGGAUAAUUCACUUGUUGAGAAUGCUCUCGAAGCUUCCAGAACUAACGAGGCUGAUCAAAUGGAACGAGCAUCUCCUAAAUCUGUUCAUGUCAGAAGUUCGCGAUUUCUUGGAGUUCCUCGAUAAAAAUUCCAGCAAAUAUCACAGUGGAGAAGGAUGUUACGAGACAGAAGGAGGUGAACAUCGUCGAGCAGUAGCUGCUUCCCUUAAGUAA